AUGCUACUGCAGAGCUGCCUAGAGCAUCGAAGGGACACUCUAGACAGGCACCCUGCAGCUUCAGUUGCCCAGAGUGGACUUAAUGCUCCCUGCAACCCACAGAAUGUUGAAGCUGUAGCUAAAUGUGAGGAUAAUACCAUAGCGGUGUCAUGGAACCCGACAGAUGGGGCUGCUUACUAUACAGCAUAUGCCUUGGGGAGCAGCGGUGCUUCCUACAACUGCUCCACAGUAAACAACAGCUGCCAGAUUACAGGGCCACAUUGUGGAGAGAGUCUAUCAGUGUCUCUUGUUGCCUAUGAUAAUGAUUGUUACAGUAUGAAUAGUGAUCCAACAGAGAUAGUGACAGCUCCCUGUCCACCAAAACAAAUCUCAGCCGUGACUGACUGCAAAACACAUUCCACUGUUAUCCACUGGUCCUACAGUGAAGGGGCUGUUCUGUAUGUGGCCCACGUACAAGCCCCCAAUGGCUCAGAAUAUUCCUGUGAAUCGUUUGACUUAAACUGCUCUCUCUCUGAAUUACCAUGCAGUCUUACAUACACUGUCUUUGUAACCACCUCUAACUAUGAAUGCAUGAGCCCCAACAGUCCAACAAUUUCUAUCAAUACAGUUCCAUGUAUUCCAAGGAACAUUGCAGUUGACGUAAUCUGUGAUCAGAAUACAAUACUUGUCACAUGGGCAGAGGACGAUGCAAACAUGACAUUCACAGCUACAGCACAGAGUGGCUCCGACUAUUCCAACUGUACUACCCAUGAAAAGAACUGUGAAAUCAGUAAUAUUAGCUGUGGACAGCUUUACUCUAUCUCUGUUGAUGCAGAUAAUGGCCAAUGCAUAGCUUCCAGCAACCAGACUGAACCACCUUAUUUCGUUCCUUGCAAGCCAACAGAUGUGUCUACCAAACCUUUCUGCAUUAAUGACAGCACUGAGAUAUCAUGGACUGAAAGCCCUGGAUUUGGAAUAAAUAUGUAUGUGGCUGCAAUGGAAAGUAAUGAUGGGACGCAGCUGAUGUGCCGCUCUAUGACUGGAGCUUGUGUGAUUGAGGGCACUAAGUGUGGAGAAGCGUACAAAGCAACAGUCACAGCUGUAGGCAUCAACUGCCAGACUCUCUCCAAUGAAUUCUAUGUAGAUCCAGAGCCCUGUUCUCCGAUUAACUUGGACUCUCAAACUUGUAGUGGGCUUGUGGUUGUAUCCUGGACUGCAAUGGCUGGAGCUCUAAAUUACACCACUGAUAUAACAGGAGAGAGUGGAGAUAAACACGAAUGUGACACAGCAAAUACAAGCUGCUCUAUAAUAGAACUCAUGUGUGGCCACCAGUACAAUAUGACUGUGACAGCCAACGGCAGAUACUGCAGCAGUAGUGUCAGUGACACACAAACCUUUCAAACAGCCCCAUGUGUCCCAGUGCUGGAACAACCACAGCUCAACUGUUACAACAACUCAGUUUCAUUAUCCUGGAGUACAAGCUCAGGUGCAAUCAGUUAUGUGUCCAAUGUCACCAGCCCGGGAGAAGAGACACUAUCUUGUUAUAUGGAAGACCCAGGCUGCACUAUCAAUGAGCUGAAGUGUGGUCAGACAUACAGUGUGACAGUUACAGCCAUCAGCAAACAGUGCUGGGGUCCAACAAGUGCCCCAACUACCCUUAUGACAGCACCAUGUCAGCCUCAAAAUGUGGUUCCUAAAAUGAAUUGCUCCAACUCAGCCACCCAACUGAGCUGGGAUAAAGCCCUGGGAGCUCUGAGCUAUUUCUCAGUUCUGAGAACACCUGGGAGUCGCUAUGUUGUGUGUAACAGCACUGAGCUUGGUUGUGAGAUCAGCAGUGUCCCCUGCGGACAGUCAUAUGAUGUGAUAGUGACAGCAGUCAAUGAUCAGUGUGAGAGUGCACCCAGCUUUCCUGCAGAGUUAUACACAGUCAAUGGAGAGCUGAGUCUUGUAGGCUGGGUCAUCCAAAUGGAGGUUAUGUAA